AACGCGGCGUCCCGCCAAUUACUUCUAAGAGCAUCAAUCAAGAAGCAUCUCGAGACCCUUCCUCAGCCAAUUCAUCCCCCUUCGCCACCGAAGAAAAGGUUUCUCCGUUAAACCAAAGCUAACCCCCAAAACCCGGAUCUCCUCGUGGGCACCACGUUCAGCGAUGAGUACCGGUGCAUCCCCGACCCUAGCCAAUCUGGACUUAGAGACAGAUGGAGCUUCCCCGUGGGGUGAUGAGAGGUCUAUAAACACAAGCACACCUCCCAUUAGCCUCCCUCAUGACGAUUCUACCGACGCAUUCAGAGAUCCUGGAUCGGGUGUGUCUGGAAAAAUACUCUUUUUUUUUGGUUGCCGUUUGAGCUAAUGCUAACGGAAUAGAAGCCAAGGCAUCUACACAGAACAAAGAUGCGGGAGUGCCAUCUCUUCAACCAUCGACCAGGACCUCAGCCGCUCGCCGUAACCCUCGCCGCCCCGGUCGUCAUGUCGCCCGCAUAGAAGCCAUCGACGAUGACCUCGGACCGCUAGGCCCCCUUGGAGACAAUUUCAACGAUAAUAUAGACACCACCCUGGCCGCGAAACCCCGCCAUGAUUCUCCGCCCGAGCCUCCGCAGAAGGAAGGCUCUCCCCGUAUGGCUAGAGCCAUGCCCGGGGCUCCAAGCCGGAUGUCCCUAAGCGGAGAUUCAAUGGAUACCGUUCCUUUGGAUGAUUCUGGAGCGGAGGUGCAUGAAGGUGGAUAUAGGAGACCACCAGCUACAGACUUCGCUCAGAUUGUAGGGAGAGAAGCUCUCGGGGAAUCUCUCCCUCCUCCUAAGCCAGCUAGUGAUCAGCCGGCGGGCCCAUCCUUCGAAAUACAUGUUGGCGACCCGCAUAAAGUCGGGGAUUUGACUAGUGCUCACACUGUUUAUCAAGUUCGGACAAAGGUUUGUCGGAUGAUUUCUUCCCGCUGCGCAAGCCCCGAUAGCUGAUACCAUAGGAUUUGCAGACUACAUCCAAGGUUUAUAGAAAUAGCGAAUUUACGGUUAGCCGUAGAUACCGCGAUUUUUUAUGGCUCUACCAGGCGCUGAUCAAUAACAACCCGGGGGCGGUUGUCCCACCGCCUCCGGAAAAGCAGGCGGUUGGCCGAUUUGAUGAUAACUUUGUCGAAUCGAGAAGAGCUGCAUUGGAACGGAUGUUGAAUAAAACCGCAGCUCAUCCAAUGCUGCAGCACGAUGCAGAUCUCAAGCUGUUCUUGGAAUCAGAAGCAUUGUCAGGCGAUAUCAAGCAUAAAGAAAAGCAGGUACAGCCCGUGGGGGAGAACAAGGGAAUGUUUGGUUCUCUCGGUGGUGCAUUUGGCGGAGGUGGAAAAUUCAUUGAAAAUGAUGAAGUUUGUUAUGACCAUUCUUUUCCUCUGCAAAGAACUCUCUGACUAGUGGUCUAGUGGUUCCUCGACCGCAAACACUACCUGGACGCUUUGGAAAGCCAACUCAAAGCCCUGCUCAAAUCUGUGGACACGGUAAUCAAACAACGCAAAGACUUAGCCGAUGCCGCGAACGACUUCAGCUCCUCCCUACAAGCUCUCUCGACAGUAGAGCUAAGCAAAUCCCUCUCCAACCCCCUCGAAUCCCUCUCGUACCUACAAAUCCGCAUCAAAGAGCUUCACGAACGUCAAGCACAGCAAGACGUUCUAACCCUAGGCAUAACCGUGGAAGAAUACAUCCGGAUCAUAGGCUCUAUCAAGCUCGCCUUCAACCAGCGGCAGAAGGCGUUCCAUACUUACCACGCCGCAGAUGGGGAACUAGUCAAGCGAAGAGCAGCACUUGAGAAGCUGCAGAGGCAAGGCAAGUCGCAGCAGGAUAGGCUGAACCAGACGAGCGCAGAGGUCAGCGAUAGCGAGAGGAAAUUACACGCUGCUAGGGUUGCGUUCGACAAUAUGGGGAGAACCCUGAGGAUGGAAUUGGAUAGGUUCGAGAGGGAGAAGGUGGAGGAUUUCAAGAGUGCUGUUGAGACGUUCUUGGAGAGCUCUGUGGAGGCCCAGAAGGAGGUAUUUACCCCCGCCCUUCCGCCCUCUCAUUUCCAGUAACUUAACUGGCGGGUGUGAUAUAGCUCAUCGAAUUGUGGGAAACCUACCUAAUGCAAUUGGACCGUGAGGAGCAAGAAGAGUCAGGAUACAGACCUGCGGAAACUCCCACAUCUGCAUAAUUAUCCUGGAUCGGUUGGUUGUGGAAGGCGGUGAGGAUUAAGGGUGGGAAGGAGAAAGAGAGAAAGAAGGGGACCCCUAUGAGAUAUCAAGGGCAUGAUUCCCUGGCUAUUGCGAAAAAAAAUGCACCAUUCCCAUUUGCUUGUACUAGUAAAUAUAAGGUCGUUCAUUGUAAGUCGUGGGAAUAUAUCGCUGCUGAAAAUUCCUUUCAGGGCCUUGCUAGGACGGUCCGGUCCGGUCCGGUUUGGUCUAGCAAAUUGGACCCUCAGCGAAAGCUCGCUAUGCCCAUCUGUUCAUCUGUCCACGGUAGAUAAAGAGUUCUUGGCGAGGCAAGGUUAUAAUACAGCAGAAUAGCAAAUUAGGGAAAAAUGGUCUGCUAAUGAAAGCGCUAUGAAACAAAGUGGGCAAUUCCGAGGGUUAGAGCUCGUCAUGCGUCUCCGGGUGGCCUUUUUCCCGGGCUUGUCUCUCCUCUUCCGGAUUAUAUUCCAUGCUUCUGUGCUUUGGGCUCCUGUCUGCCGGCUUAGCUUUUUCCAUUUCCACUUUUUCCACUUCGAGCCCUGGUUCUCCAUAGAUGACGCCCUCCACUUGUUCCUUCAUCGACUUCUCCCCCUCCCCAAGCACAGGCGUAGCGCGCCCUCCAGGAGGCUCCGUUUCCAACAUACUCUCCGGAAUCCCUGCGACCUGCACUGUCGUAACCACACCCAUGCCCAUUCCCGCGCCCUGAGAAAUCUCCCCCCUCCCGCCAACACCCAAUCCCCCAGCAGCAAGGGAGAGUCCCCACCACGUCAUCCGAAACGGCACCCCAAGGACCAGGUAAAUAGGGCCCCACAGGAGCCGCCUAAUAACCAACCAGAUCAGCAAUAUAAGGAGUAUCUGUAUCGCCUUCUCGUAAUACCACCUAUCGCUCUUGUUCUUGCGCACGAGGUCAGAAAUGAGCGCGCGCGAGGAGGAGAUUAUGUCGUCGAAUGCGGAGUAGCGGUGGGUGAGGUCCUGCAGCGCAGCGGUGGAAGUGUUGAGCGUCUCCGUGGCGAAUUGCGAGCGGGAGAGCUCGGACUGUAGGAGGGUAUGCGUGCGGCGGAGAGCAGUCGUGAUGUCGGUUGAGGCGUGGAGGAUGAGGUCGUUUUGGCUGUGUUCAACCAUUCAGCCCCGUUUUUAGGAAAGAUAAAGGGGGAGUGACAUACGAUAACUUCUGAUUUCCCUUCCGCUUCCCGGUGAUACUAUCCGGUGUGCUCUUCCCCGACCCGCCCAGCAAAGCUUCCCGUUCCCGUUUCUCAGCGGCAAGCGCAUUACGCUUCGCGAAGAGUUGGGCUUUGCGGUAUUGCAAUCGCGCACUAACCCUCCCCACGCAUUAGCCUCCCCACCACCACUUCCAUAAUCCUAUCGGAGAGGGGGGGGGAAGCAAACAUCUUCAGAUCCUCCCCCAUCUUCGCGACCUUACUCUUCAAUGCCACCUGCGCCCCAUCACCAACUUCAUCCUCGACCUGUGCGCUCAGCAACUCAAGCUCGGACUCGGCGUCGCGCAAGCUCUGGUGUAUCACGUUCGCGAGCUCGGUUCUCGUGCUAUCGUUACCGGGCGUGUCGAGCUUUGAGAGGCGAGAUAUUAAGCUCAUGCACUGUUUUUUCGGAUUUUUUUUUUUAGCUCAUUGUUAGAUAGUUGAAGUUGCCACGUUGCAAGGAUUAUGAGAAGGUGGGUAAAGUACUUCUUUAUGAGUGUCAGUAAGGGAAGCCAGUCUUUGGGAGAUUUCCAGAACCGCCAUUUUUGUAGUUAAGUUUUCCGUAAAAGGUCGUGAUAUGAUGAUAGUGAAAAAGAAAAAAAUUAAUUUCUUUCUCUCUUCUUUCUCUAUGGGAGAGGUGCUGUUGGGAUAGAGUUUCGCCGGAAGGUUUGCGACGCCAGGGCUUGCAUGUGGUCAGCCACCAAUCAUAGUCAGCUUUGAUACAGUAGCAAGCCUUUUGGUUGGUGGUUGGUGGUGACGUGACAACGCGUUGACCGACGGGUGGGUUCGAGGCUUGAGGCUUCAAGUUUCAGGCUUGAUGUGUGU